AUGAUUGAUCUGGAACAGGUCCACGACAGCAUCGCCAGCACCCCGUCAAAAAUCGUGCUGUUGGUUGCCGAUGGCCUCGGUGGGUUACCCCAUCCCGACACCCGCAAGUCUGAGCUGGAGACCGCGCACAUCCCCAAUCUGGACGGAUUGGCCCAACGCAGCGCCUGCGGACUCACCACUCCGGUGGAGAUCGGCGUUGCUCCGGGCAGUGGGCCCGGCCACCUGGCGCUGUUCGGAUACAACCCGUUGAAGUACCUGAUCGGCCGUGGCGCGCUGGAAGCCCUCGGCAUUGGCGCCGAGUUGCUGCCCGGAGACGUGGCCGCUCGCGGCAACUUCUGCACCGUGGACGAUGACGGCGUGCUCACCGACCGUCGGGCCGGCAGAAUUCGCACCGAACUGAGCGCCCAACUGUGCCAACGGCUGGACGGCAUCGAGAUACCCGGCGUCCAGGUGGACGUGCUUCCGGUACAGGACUAUCGGUUUGUACUGCGUCUACGCGGCGACGGCCUGUCCGAAGCCGUGGAGGAGACCGACCCCCAACGUGAGGGAUUGCCUCCCCGUCCAGCUCGCGCGUUGGUUCCCGCGGCGGAACGAACCUCUGAAAUCGUUCAGGAGUUCGUGUCCCAGGCCGGUCGGGUUCUUUCCGAAGAACAGCCCGCCAACAUGGUGCUGCUGCGCGGAUGGGCUCAACUGCCCAACCUUCCGGAUUUCGGCCAAGUUUAUCAGCUGAACCCGGCCGCUAUCGCCGCCUAUCCCAUGUACCGGGGUCUCGCCUCGGUCGCUAAUAUGCGGAUCAUCCCUACCGGCAUGACCUUCGGCGACGAGGUGGACACCCUGCAUGCCAACUGGGAAGACCAUGACUUCUUCUUCAUUCACUACAAGCCUGCCGACGCCGCGGGCGAGGACGGCGAUUUCGAUGGCAAGGUGAAAACUCUGGAGGUGUUGGAUGCCCACAUACCGCGCAUCCUGGAACUUGAACCCGACGUGCUGAUGGUCGCCGGAGACCACUCCACCCCCGCCAUCAUGGCGUCCCAUAGCUGGCACCCCGUUCCCUUCAUGCUCCACUCCCGGCUGACCCUUGGGGAAGGCAUCGAAGGUUUCAACGAGCGCGCGUGCGCCCAGGGUUCUAUCGGUCGAAUACCGGCCGAAACCAUCAUGCUGCUGGCCCUGUCUCACGCCGGAAAAUUGUCCAAGUACGGCCCGUAG